AUGUCUCAUUCCCCGCCAGGGAAGAUGCGACAGUUGCGUAGAAUUCGACUAUCCCUACUAGCCGUUGCCAUGAUGCUCUGCAUGUACUGGAUUUUUUACGGAGAUGAAAUCACCAUAAACGUUGGCGACCCUCCGGUACUUACUGGCCGAAUUCCACAGGAGUGGAUUGAAAUGUGCGAGUUUCUGGAAAGGAGUUGGCAGGGUGAUGAGGGUCCAAUUGAUGACACAGGAUACCGGUUAAGAGGAGUAGCUAUAGCAUUCAGACAUGGUGAGAGGUCACCUAUGAAGUCCGCGAACGAUAAAAACGCGUGUGCGCCUUUUCGUGAAGAUGACCGCCGGGACUUUGAACAAUAUAGAUUGCUAGUUGGUAACGAAGAUUUCCAGUUCUUUUUACGUCAUGAUGCAAAGUUCAAGACUUUCCCCUGGGCACCAUCUGGAUCUGAGUGUUCCCCUGGUCAAAUGACCGCUGAGGGAGCUUUACAGCAUGUGAAGCUUGGGAAGUACAUGAGGAGUAAAUAUGCUGGAUCUAAUAUAUUUUCACAAGAAUCUCAUCUGAAUGUCUCAGUGACGUCAUCUCAGUUCAACCGAACUUUUCAGUCAGCUAUUGCGUUUACGUCGUCUUUUCUGUAUCCUAGUAGAGCUUCUGUUCCUCAAAUAUUUGUUCGAGCAUCAAAUUUUACAUUCAUGUGCACUAAUGUAAAUUGUCAGUGCGAUCUCGCGAAGCAGUGGCGUCUUCGGUAUGAGGAGGAACAUGCUAACUAUUUUCUGAAGAGGUCUCCAGAACAUCUGCGCAUUUUCGCCGAAUCUUUAAGAAAACAUCCUGACUUUAGUUGGGCAAUCGACCCACUGCAAGUGGUGGACGUAGCUUUGGGAAAAUAUAUUUGUCGCCGUCGUCCUUUGCCAUGUUUUGGUAAGGAAAGUUGCUUAAGCUACGACUUUUUAAACCAGCUUCUAAACGAGACAUCUGUCCGAGGAAAGAUAAUGUUUGAUGAAGGCCUGCGUUAUAUUUCUCAAAAACUGCACCUUGUGGAAGCUCAUGGUGUUUUAUUUCACAUUACCGAGACAGUAAGAAAACUGAGGAAAUUUGCGCAUACGAAUAUCAUACAGAUUUUUUCUGGGCAUGAUGUUAUGCUUGCACCAUUAUUGCGUGUUAUGGGUGUUCCCUUUACAGAUCCUCCACAUUAUGUAUCACAUCUUAUAGUAGAGUUCUACGAAGAUGUUGGAAAUCCGUCAGUGAAAGAUGCUUUGCAUCUCCGUUUUAUUUAUAACGGAGUGGAUGUCACCAAGAACGUGAUCUUCUGCGAAAUGAUUCUUAAAAAUGGACUCUGUCCGGCUCAUCAGCUUGAAGAAUUUCUCCAUUCUCGCAUUUUCGCACCCUUAGGUGUUGUUUCUAUGAAAGAAGGAAGCUACAGUGACGCUUUGGAGUCACAACGAUGCGAAAAACGGAAAGAGCAUUAUAGCUUCGAUAUGAGCGUUCGGCCUACUUCCCUUCAAAAUGGUUGCACCAAUAUGGAAUCUCCCGGGAAUGUUUUGUUCUCGGAAGCAGAAAAGUGGAUGCAAUUUGCAAACGAUGACUACUCCUCCGAUGGUUUCAAACGAAUAGUCUUGCUAGGAUUAAGCUACUGUCCUGAAGACAGUGAAUGCGAUUGUGGAAUGGAUUUUAUUGAUUUUUACCGUGAUUACAACACAAGAAUAUGGAUCACCUACAGGACGGGUAUGGCGCCGUUACCCGGAACACAAGAUUGCCCAACAGCACCUUUCGGGAUUCAUCGGUUAGUGGAAAUAUCCAAUGCUGAUCGCCCCUGGGAAAAUGCUGUUGGACGUUGGUUUGCUCCUUCCGAAGUUAUCUCACUGGUGAAGAAAGCUCUUCGGCAGUCGGCUUCUCCUCUAACUAGUGAUCUAUCGCUAAUGUUGGCUGUCGAUGGUCGUGUGAUCGUUGGUGACGCGGAGCAAGAAAGUCGAGCUUGGACCAAACGACUGCUUUUAUUUGUUCCUCUACGACUAGGCACCAACAGUGUAAACCCAGUGUACUAUGAUCACAUCCGUCAACUGCUCUCACUGACUACGUGUCUUGGAGUCCUUGGAGGGAAACCUGAUCAUUCACUGUACUUCAUCGGUUAUUACGGUCGGAAUGUGAUUUUUUUGGAUCCACAUGUUGCUCAUGAAUAUGUGCCAAUGUCAUCUUGGGAUGAGCUCUUUCUAUUACCUACCGGAAAAACUGAUGAAAGGAAGAACCAAGUUGUUGACAUAGAUUUGGGGCCCGGAGAAGGUUCCAAACGAACCAAAGAUCCGCUAUUUACUGUGCAGUAUCAAGAGACAUCAGUAUAUGAUUGCAUUCGCGAGACAAGUGAAGAGGAAAAGAGGCAAGCUCUGGAACAUGGCUUCGAGUUGCUUUAG